GGGAGUUUACAAAAAUUCAUAAGAGAUUCACAGGUAGUAUUGAGUUUUUACUUUCACUUUUAGUUUACUAUGCCUGAUAAUCGAGCAAGGUACUUAGCUACAGUUAUACAAGCAUUUAUUCUUGGUGCUGUAACGUAUUACGGUGUUAAAUGGUUAAUGGACGCCAUGGAUCCCACGAAAAAAAACCGCUUAGCUGCGCAAAAGCAGGCUCAAAAGCUCUUAAAGAAAAUUGGUAUUGAAGGGGUAAAGUUAAGUGAAUAUGAACUCACAGUAGCAGCAGAUAUUGUGGAUCCUUUAAUUCUACCAAUCACGUGGAAGGACAUUGGAGGUCUUCACGAAACGAUUGAGGAAAUCAAGGAAUCAGUUAUUUUCCCAAUACAACAAAAGGAUAUUUUCAAAAAUUCUUCUCUUCUUAGUGCUCCUAAAGGUGUUUUACUACAUGGUCCUCCAGGAUGUGGAAAAACAAUGAUAGCCAAGGCAACUGCAAAAGAAGCAGGUUGUCGAUUUAUCAACCUUCAAGUGUCCUCUUUGACUGACAAAUGGUAUGGAGAAUCACAGAAACUCGCUGCCGCUGUCUUUUCACUGGCUGUCAAACUACAACCUUGUAUUAUAUUUAUUGAUGAGAUAGACUCCUUUCUUAGGAUGCGUGACAAGAGUGAUCACGAGGCCACAGCAAUGAUGAAGGCACAGUUUAUGAGCCUGUGGGAUGGACUGAUGACUGAUUCAACCUCUCAAGUUAUCGUCAUGGGUGCAACUAACAGACCUCAAGAUGUUGACAAAGCCAUUUUGAGAAGGAUGCCGUGUUCUUUUCGUGUUGGAUUGCCAGAUGCAGAACAGAGGAAAGAUAUAUUAAAGAUUAUUCUCAAGAAAGAAAAGCUUAAGGAUGAUGUUAAUUAUGACGAAUUAGCCUUACUAACGGAAGGAUACUCUGGGAGUGGCUUGAAAGAAAUAUGCCGAGUUGCCGCUAUGUCUUGUGUGAGAGAUUAUGUGAAACAAAAGAACAACCCACAAUCGUCGGACAGCGUACAGAAUGAAAAUGGCCAACCACAUCUUCGGCCAAUCGAAAUGGGUGAUCUUUUAGUUGCCAUUGAAAAAUGCAAACCAAGUGCAACUUUGCAGAGCUGACCACAGCUUCCUUCCUCAUUUAGCUGUUAGAAAAAAAAAUGGCCUCAUUGAAGAAAAAGCCGGUCGUGGGGCACAGAAAAGAGGACUGUGCAAGUCUUAGCAGAGAAAAUAAUAUUUUGUUGAGGAAUAUUGUCAAUUCCGAAUUUGGAAAGGAUGCGACAAGUAUCUUGAACUUACGCUGUCUAUACAGCAUAGAUCUCUUUUUUUUUUUUUUGCUCAACCAAAGCCAGGCAUCCUAAGGAGUUUGUAAAGUUUGCGUUGAAGAAUUUUGUCAAUUCCUUAUGCGAAAAGUGUAUAAAAUCUAUUCUGAACUUUCGCUGUCUGUGUAACAAAGAUCUCGGAUUUUUUUAUGACAAAAGUCGGUCCAGGGGUUCCAACGAAUUUUGCAAGUUGCAGUUGUAGAAUUUUUAUGCGAAAAGCAUCCACAAACUAUUCUGACCUUUCGCUGUCCACCUGCAAACUUAUCGUUGUUGUUGGUGUUUUUCUAUUUGUUUGUUGUUUUUUUUAAAUGAGAACUAUAAGCUCCGUCCUGUUCGUCCGUGAUUAAUUUUGUUCGGGCAUUUCCUAGGAGGCCUGAGUUUCGAAUCCCCUUCAAUUCUUUAAAGUGCAAACGUUAGGUUAAGUUUACCACAUGUAAACCGCAGGAACUAACUGAAAGGCCUGUAAGAACUCUGUGUGGGCGAAGGAACAUUGCUCAUGUGCAUUGUUACACGUGCCUUUCACGCACUUUCGAAAUUUUUGUGAAAUAAAUGUGUUGAAUCGCACGAA